AUGUCCAUCCGGAAGUUUGGAAAAUGGGCUGCUUCAUCUGCCGGACCAUCGUAUUCCUCUUAUCCUGAGGAACCUCAGACUGUGAGGCACAGUGCCAUUCUUCCAACAGAGAAGAGCUUUUCAUGUACUGAGUGCGAGAAGUGUUAUUAUUCUAAAUACAAUCUUAAAGUCCAUAUAAGAUCUCACACAGGGGAGAAGCCGUAUUUCUGUGCUGAGUGUGGGAAGUGUUUUGUAAAAAAAUCAGAACUUGUAACACAUCAAAGAUCUCACACAGGAGAAAAGCCAUAUUCCUGUCCUGAGUGCGGGAAAUUGUUUUUAGUAAAGUCCAGUCUUCCUAGACAUCAGAGAGUGCACACAGGGGAGAAGCCAUUUUCCUGUUCUGAAUGUGGGAAAUGUUGUUUAAAAAAAUCAGACCUUGUUAGACAUCAAAAAUCUCACACGGGGGAGAAGCCUUAUUCCUGUUCUGAGUGCGGGAAAUGUUUUUCAGAGAAGUCCGGUCUUUACACACAUCAGAGAUCUCACACAGGGGAGAAGCCAUAUUUCUGUCCUGAGUGUGGGAAAUGUUUUUCAGAGAAGUCCAAACUUUACACACAUCAAAGAUCUCACACGGGGGAGAAGCCUUAUUCCUGUCCUGAGUGCGGGAAAUGUUUUUCAGAGAAGUCCAGUCUUUACACACAUCAGAGAUCUCACACAGGGGAGAAGCCGUAUUCUUGUCCUGAGUGCGGGAAAUGUUUUUCAGCGAAGUCCAGUCUUUACAGACAUCAGAGAUCUCACACAGGGGAGAAGCCGUAUUCCUGUCCUGAGUGUGGAAAAUGUUUUCCAAGAAAGAAAUGUUUUUCACAGAAGACCCUUAUUUACAGACAUCAGAGAUCUCACACGGGGGAGAAGUCGCUUUCCUGUUCUGAGUGCGGGAAAUGUUUUUCAGAGAAGUCCGGUCUUUACACACAUCAGAGAUCUCACACAGGGGAGAAGCCAUAUUUCUGUCCUGAGUGUGGGAAAUGUUUUUCAGAGAAGUCCAAACUUUACACACAUCAAAGAUCUCACACGGGGGAGAAGCCUUAUUCCUGUCCUGAGUGCGGGAAAUGUUUUUCAGAGAAGUCCAGUCUUUACACACAUCAGAGAUCUCACACAGGGGAGAAGCCGUAUUCUUGUCCUGAGUGCGGGAAAUGUUUUUCAGCGAAGUCCAGUCUUUACAGACAUCAGAGAUCUCACACAGGGGAGAAGCCGUAUUCCUGUCCUGAGUGUGGAAAAUGUUUUCCAAGAAAGUACCAUCUUACGAGACAUCAGAGAUCUCACACAGGGGAGUAGCUAUAUUCCUGUCAUGAGUGCAGGAAAUGUUUUUCACAGAAGACCCUUAUUUACAGACAUCAGAGAUCUCACACGGGGGAGAAGUCGCUUUCCUGUUCUGAGUGCGAUAAAUGGUUUGUAUCAAAAGCACACCUCGUCAACCAUCAAAGGUCUCACACAUAUUCUUGCUGUGAGUGCGGGAAAUGUUUUUCAAUGAAAUGCAAUCUUUAUAACCAUCGGAGAUCUCACACAGGGGAUAAGCUGUAUUAUAAAAAGUUUUUCUGUGCUGAGUGCGGGAAGUGUUUCAGUUUCAAAAGCAGUCUUUAUAAGCAUAAAAAAUCUCACACAGGUGAGAAGCCGUAUUCCUGUUCUGAGUGCGGGAAAUGUUUUUCAAUGAAGUCCAAUCUUUCCACACAUCAGAGAUCUCACACGGGGGAGAAGCCUUUUUCCUGUUCUGAGUGCGGGAAAUGUUUUUCAGAGAAGUCCAAUCUUUCCACACAUCAGAGAAUACACACGGGGGAGAAGCCUUUUUGCUGUUCUGAGUGCGGGAAAUGUUUUUUAAAGAAGUACAAUCUUUCCACACAUCAGAGAAUACACACCGGGGAGAAGCCUUUUUUCUGUUCUGAGUGCGGGAAAUGUUUUUCAGAGAAGUCCAGUUUUUCCACACAUCAGAGAUCUCACACGGGGGAGAAGCCUUUUUCCUGUUCUGAGUGCGGAAAAUGUUUUUCAGAGAAGUCCAGUUUUUCCACACAUCAGAGAUCUCACACGGGGGAGAAGCCUUUUUCCUGUUCUGAGUGCGGGAAAUGUUUUUCAGAGAAGUCCAGUUUUUUCACACAUCAGAGAUCUCACACGGGGGAGAAGCCUUUUUCCUGUUCUGAGUGCGGAAAAUGUUUUUCAAUGAAGUCCAAGCUUUCCACACAUCAGAGAAUACACACGGGGGAGUGGCCUUUUUACUGUUCUGAGUGUGGGAAAUGUUUUUCGGAUAAGUCCAGUUUUUCAACACAUCAGAGAUCUCACACGGGGGAGAAGCCUUUUUCCUGUUCUGAGUGCGGGAAAUGUUUUUCAGUGAAGUCCAGUCUUUCCAAACAUCAGAGAUCUCACACGGGAGAGAACCCCUUUUCCUGCCCUGAGUGCGGGAAAUGUUUUUCAGUGAAGUCCAAUCUUUCCACACAUCAGAGAUCUCACACGGGGGAGAAGCCUUUUUCCUGUUCUGAGUGUGGGAAAUGUUUUUCAGUGAAGUCCAGUCUUUCCAAACAUCAGAGAUCUCACACAGGGGAGAAGCCGCAUUCUUGUCCUGCGUGCGGGAAAUGUUUUUCAGAGAAGUCCCAUCUUUACAGACAUCAGAGAACUCACACGAGGGAGAAGCCGCUUUCCUGUACUGAGUGCGGGAAGGGUUUCCGUUCUAAAUCCAGGCUGAAUGAGCAUAAAAGAUCUCAUACAGGAGAGAAGCUGUAUUCCUAUCCUGAGUGCGGAAAAUGUUUUUCAGUGAAGUCCAGUCUUUACACACAUCAGAGAUCUCACACGGGGGAGAAGCCGUAUUCCUGUCCUGAGUGCGGUAAAUGUUUUUCAAAGAAGUCCUAUCUUUCCAGACAUCAGAGAUCUCACACGGGGGAGAAGCCGUAUUCCUGUCCUGAGUGUGGGAAAUGUUUUUCAGAUAAGUCCAGUCUUUCCUCACAUCAGAGAUCUCACACGGGAGAGAAGCCGUAUUCCUGUCCUGAGUGCGGGAAAUGUUUUUCAGCGAAGUUCAGUCUUUCCACACAUCAGAGAUCUCACACGGGGGAGAAGCCAUAUUCCUGUCCUGAGUGCGGGAAUUGUUUUUCAGCGAAGUACAGUCUUUCCACACAUCAGAGAUCUCACACAGGGGAAAAGCCGUAUUCCUGUCCUGAGUGCGGGAAAUGUUUUUCAGCAAAGUACAGUCUUUCCACACAUCAGAGAUCUCACACAGGAGAAAAGCCUUAUUCCUGUCCUGAGUGUGGGAAAUGUUUUUCAGAUAAGUCCAGUCAUAACACACAUCAGAGAUCUCACACGGGGCAGAAGCCGUAUUCCUGUCCUGAGUGUGGGAAAUGUUUUUCAGUGAAGUCCAGUCUUUCCAAACAUCAGAGAUCUCACACAGGGGAGAAGCCGUAUUCCUGUCCUGAGUGCAGGAAAUGUUUUACACAAAAAUCAGACCUUGUCAAACAUCAGAGAUCUCACACGGGGGAAAAGCCAUAUUCCUGUCCUGAGUGCAGGAAAUGUUUUUCAGCGAAGUCCAAUUGUGACACACAUCAGAGAUCUCACACAGGAGAGAAGCUAUAUUCCUGUUCUGAGUGCGGGAAAUAUUUUUCAGCAAAGUCCAGUCUUUACAAACAUCAGAGAUCUCACACAGGGGAGAAGCCAUAUUCCUGCAGCGGUUGCGGGAAAUGUUUUACAAUGAAGUCCUAUCUUCAUACACAUCAGAAAUCUCACACAGGAGAGAAUUCGUAUUUCUGUGCUGAGUGUGGGAAAAGUUUCCCUUUUAAAUCCAAUCUUGAUGUGCAUAAAAGAUCUCACACUGGGGAGAAGCCGCAUUCCUGUCCUGAGUGUGGGAAAUGUUUUUCAGUGAAGUCCCAUCUUUCCACACAUCGGAGAUCUCACACGGGAGAAAAGCCGUAUUCCUGUCCUGAGUGCGGGAAAUGUUUUUCAGUGAAGUCCAGUCUUUACACACAUCAGAGAUCUCACACAGGGGAGAUGCCGUAUUCCUGUCCUGAGUGCGGGAAAUGUUUUACACAGAAGUCCAAUCUUUACUCACAUCAGAGAUCUCACACGGGGGAGAAGCCAUAUUCCUGUCUUGAGUGUGGGAAAUGUUUUUCACUGAAGUCCCAUCUUUACUCACAUCAGAGAUCUCACACGGGGGAGAAGCCGUAUUCCUGUGCUGAGUGCGGGAAAUGUUUUACACAGAAGUUCAAUCUUAACACACAUCAGAGAUCUCACACAGGGGAGAAGCCGCAUUCCUGUCCU